AUGCUUUCCGAAGCAGACCGCCAUACCCUUGUAAUUUCUAUGGAAACACUUUUACUGGAUUUUGAACCGGAGGAAGCCUGUUCGUACAUGAAGGCCAAAAGUGUUUUCAGCGAAGAUCACGUGGAUAGUGUUCAAAAAAUGGAGGAAGGUGCUUCUAGGACAAAUAAAUUUUUCCACCUCUAUGAACAAGAAGCAAUGGAUUUAAAGCCGCUUCUUCACUUCCUAAAUGAAAAUAAACAGUAUCACUUGGCCAGCUUAAUUGAAAGAAAUCGUACAAUUAAGCCUGGAGAGCAACCAUCACUCUCAAAUAAUUGCCUGGCGAUGCGCCUGUUUCGAUCUGGUAUUCCUAGCCGCUGUAAGAACCAUGUUACAAGGGAUAAGCUGCUGUCUUCUUUGCAUGAGUCGUUUGUUAAGCUGGCCGGUGAAGAUCAAUUUUGGUUGGUAAUUCAUGGAAUGGCAGGGUCUGGUAAAUCGUGUCUUGCUGCUGAUAUCUUUAUUACAUAUCCGGAAUUGCUCAGCAGGUAUGAAAGAGUUAUUUGGCUCACAGGUGACACAUAUGAAACAGUUGAUGCGUUACCUUUCUUUUUCUCUCAUUUCCUCACAGUACUUGGAAGUACUUCUGCGUUAACUGGACAAGAAAGAUCCGCGGAACUCCUUAAUCAGGCUCGUUUAGCGUUAUUGGAAAACCCAAAUAUACUGGUUGUUUUGGACAACGUUGUUUUUGAAGAGUGCGUACGGUGGUUUGAUGAGCUGCAGUGUCGUAUUCUUGUUACAAGCCGUAAUGCCGAUAUUUUUCAAGCAGCCAAAGGAAAAGUGGUGCCGUUUCCUAUGUCUCCAAGUGGAUUCACUCUAGCAGAGCUAUCCAGUUUUGUAUCUUCCGCUUGUUUUUCCUCCGGAGUUCUUCAAUUUAAAGAAGACUUUUGCAAACAACUUUAUUUUCACACAAAAGGUCUUCCAGCUAUAGUUAACAUAAUAACGGUUCUGUCAAGAAACGACCCCGACAGGAUGGAGUGGUUAUGCUCUAAGUUAGAAACAGCACCAUUGAGUACACUUGACUGUAUUACAUGCUACCGAUAUCCUAAUUUGGAGUUUGCUCUUCGUCACUCGUUUAAUUUGUUAUCAAGCGGCCAUAAGGAUGUUUUGUGCAACUUAGGAGCUUUUCCUGCGGGUGUUUGGAUCCCACUCCAGGUAAUUAAUUUGAUUGCCCCAGUUGAUGUCCCUGGAUCGAAAGACAGUGUUUAUGAAACACAGCAAAUGUUAGAAAAGCUUGCACAGAGGUCUAUGAUUGAGGAGCGAAAAGUGAUGAAUGAGAGCGGUACUUCGUACGAGUAUCAACUACAUCCAAUAGUUGCGAACUUUCUUUUGCGUUCUACCCACAGUCCUUAUUUGGCUUCUGUCGUUACACUCAAUUGUUUAAUUGUUUCUAUUGAAUUUAGAGUUUUGAAGCCGUUCCUGCCGACGUUUGACACUGGAUGUCUAAUUACUCGCAACUCAGUGCACAGAAAGCAGCAUUACGCAGAGGUGGGUGAUGCGGAAUUAGAAUGGAAGAAGGAACUGGAGGGACAGUUUGUGAUUGGGACAUGCGCUUUGAGCUGUCUGGAAAUUAGCUACGAAAUGAAGCUGGGCUUGAAAAUUGUAUGCGGAUGUAUUUCUGGACCCUUCAGAUUUCCAGCCGCAAAUCUGCUAAUUGUUAGUUACAGAACGAAAACAUUCGUAGGAUGA